AUGUUCAGAGGCGGGCGAGGAGGUCGUGGCCGUGGCCGCGGCGGUCCCAUGAUGGGCAACAGGCGCGAGAUCGCACAAAACAGCGUUCCAUGGGCCAUUGACCCAAAAGACGGCAUCUUCAUCGACGGAAAACCCAGUGAUACCUACCCAGUCUGGAACGUCCCAAAACCACCAACCCUCACCAAAAAAGAAGAGAAACAGCUCGACUACUUCCUCAUCUUCCGCGAGCAAGCCCACGACAGCCCUCUCUACACAGAACCCCCUCCGCGAUCAAAAGACUCGCGGAAGCGCGCCUACGGCCAGGCCCAGAUCAACUCCCGCUACGCCGACGAGAGCAAGGCGACGAUAGACCCCUUCACAGCCAUCGAGACGUACAGCAAGCGGUUCGAGCGCAAGAAGCGCACCCUCCCCGAUUUCAGCAACCUCCCUUUCGCCAAGGAGUUCUUCCCAACCGAGCUACACGCGACAUUGGACGGUCUUGACGAUCCAAAUGCCGAUAGAAAGAGGCGCAGGACAGGGCCCAAGAAGUUGGCCGUGUCCAACAUUACGAGCUACGGUGCGGGGGAUUUGGAUGAGGAUGGUGACGAGGUCAAUGGGGAGCCGGACUUCCGUAAGGCUCUGGAGCUGCUCGAUAAUGUCGAGAAGCUGGAUGGAGAGGAUGCGUUCUUGUCGGGUGAGGAGGAUGAAUGGGGUAAUGAAGAUGAGGAUAAUGAGGAUGCGGCGGAUGCCGAGGCUGCGGAUCAGUACGAGGACGAGUCGGAAGAUGAUUACAACGCGGAGCAGUACUUUGAGAAUGACGAUGAUGAUUAUGGGGAUGACGGGGGUGAUGAUGGUGGCGAGGGUGUGUUUUAGGCUGGAGGUUUGUGGGGGAGUCUGGGAUGAGGGAGGUGGGACUGGUUUGUUGGUUUUAGGGCGAAUGGGAACAUUAGGAGUAGGUCAUGGUUAUCAGAAUUAUACCCGGUUCUUAUUUCACAGUUUUGACUUGAUGCAUUUGUGAUGCGGAGGAGAUAUCAUGAAAAUCUCUGCCAUCUUCAUCUCAUAUACCACCACUAAUGGAGCAAAAUCGCGGUUUCGUGUUUGAUACAGCAAAUUGAUGACAACACAGUCAGAUGAC